AUGUUAAUGUCAUUUACCGCAUUUCUGAAAGACAAUGAGAUCAGUCUUGUCAAGACAACAAUUCUCUCAGUGUGUCUGUUCAUAUAUAAAUACACCUUGGCUGUGCUAAGAAAGAGCAGGAUCAUGGAUUACUUUGUAUCAUGCUUCUUUCUCCUGUUCCAGUUGCUAACAAUCAGUGAUGCACAAAUCGAAGCUACCACUACUGCACCAACAGGUUGUGCAGGUCCACCAGCACUGUGUUGCCCUGAUCAAAACUUGACCUGUUUCAGGGGGUGUUUCUGUGAUGAGAUUUGCAUAUUAUUAAACGACUGCUGUGAGGACUACAGGUCAACUUGUGUAUCUUUGAUCACUGCAACCCCAACCAGAGCAAGCACAUCAAAUGGCACUACUGCAUCAGCAAUGGCAACUUUGACCUCCACAGUGUCAUCAACAACAGCACCCACAGCAACAAGCAGCAGUAGAGCACCUGCGCUGGUGAAUGCGAGCAGCACGUCAGCGUCCGGAAUGUCUGCUACUCCAGCAAACACCCAGAUAAGCAACGCAACUACACCUACGCCUGCAGAUAACGGCUCCACUUUAUCAGUCUCUGUAGUGACGGCUUCUGGCACAACAAACAGCAAUACAGAUGGGAACACAACCGCAGCAUCAACAGUUUCUGCUGCUUCAGCAACCAGCCAAACAAUGAGCGACACAUCUUUGACCACGGAUAACAGUACACUUUCACACUCUGUCCCGACAGCACCAAGCACGCAAAGCAGCAACGCAACAUCUCCAUCAGCGCAUUUAAGCACAACUUCAGGAUCUAGAGUCUCUACUACUACAGCACAAAGGACAACCUCAGUAGUGGUGUCCACUAAAGAAACCAGUCAAACAAGCAGCAGCACUUCAUCAACACCCACAUAUGGACUGAGGACUUCAGUAUCCACGAUCUCUACAGCUACAGUAGGAACAGCACUGUCAGACACCAGUUCGACUAGCAGUGUCACAUCUCCACCAGCAGAUGGAAGCACAGCUGAGGUUUCCCCUACAACCACCAGGUCUAACAAAGAUUAUCAAACACUGACUGUUUAUCUAAAGGCGUUUGUCUCCUCAUAUAAUGACAAGAACAAAAACUUGAUUUCAGAGGCUUUGUGUAACCUCAUAUCACAGGCUCUCUUCCUGCAGAACUGUACUGACUGCACUGUGGUGAUAAAACACAUUAAACGCCACUAACGAAGCAUCCCCUUUUUGGACAAUGAGAGGGUCAGACAAUGGUCAACAGGUGUCACAAUGUCUCAAAUGUUAUUGUCCUUGGGUGCUUAGUUUUAUUUUGAUCUAAAUCACGGCUUCGGUUGAUUAGAGUUGGUAUGUAAACAGCAACCACUGUCCAUGUCCUUGUGUCCCUUAUUAAUUCUCCAUCACUAUGUGGGGUAAUAAUGUGAAUGUUGCCAUCUGAAAAUCAAAGCUUCCAAUAAAAUGUUGGUGAAUUGA